GGUUCUUUCCAUCAAGUUUUCAAGCAUGUCCUGCAUUCCUACGCCAUAAAAUGACUUUAAUAUCACCACAUAUUUUAAAGAAAUAUUCUAUUCCUAUGAACAAGAUUACACAAGAAGCUGGGGAGUUUAUGAUAACUUUUCCAUAUGGUUACCAUUCUGGUUACAAUCAUGGAUUUAACUGUGCUGAAUCAACUAACUUUGCAACCCCAAGGUGGAUAGAAUAUGGAAAACGAUGCUUGCAGUGGUGACAAACGAAAUGCUUUUGAAGCCAAUAGUUCUGGAACUGUCUCCACAAAAAGACAUCCAGUCACUAAACUGGAAAACAUGAAAAAGCGUGGUCGUCCUCCUGGCAUGAAAAAAGAUAAAGAUGGUCCUUGGAAGGAUAUAACUGAAGAAGAGAUUCGACAAGCUAUGUCAGAGACUGCUGAGGAGCCAGUCGGUCUCAAAAUAGAACACGAGUUAUCAGUUAAUGAUACUUGUUUACUAAAAAAACGGAAAAAACGUAAGAAGAAAAUUGAUGAAGACUGUGAAAUAGAUGAAACAGUGAAAACAAUAGUGGAAAAUCAAAUGAAGUCUGUAAUAAAUGAUGGUUUAAUGAAACCUAACAGAAAUGGUUGUCUGUCACCUAAUAAUUCUAGCUGUUGUUAUAGUUGUCCUGUUUCAUGUUGUGCUGCACAAUCUUAUUCUUGUAUGCAGCCAAAUAAUUAUCAUAAUGGCACUUCACCAUCUCACAACUAUAUGUCAUCUCACACUCAGGCAUAUGGAGCUAUGACACAUAGUUCUGGUUUGCUAGUGAAUAAAGAAACAUCUGCACAGCAUUUCAGAGAAAAUGGUGAAAUAACAGAUAAAGUUUCUCACUCAGAUUCAUAUGAUGGUUUGUCUAAAUUCACUCCACUCAAUGCAGAUUCCAACACAAAGAUGAAGAAGAAGGUAAAAAAAGUGAAGAAAGAAUUAAUAGAUACCAAUCUUGCUAUGAAAGGAAUGUCUUCAAAUCAAAAUAUAUAUGGCUUCAAACCUGGAGCGGAAGGUUGCGUUCCAAAUAACAUGGUUCAAAAUGAAAAUUCUUCAUUUGAAAAUCAUGAUGAACCCUUGCAUAAAAAAUUGAAACAAGAGUGCUGUUCAGGACAUUUUCAGCCAUCUAGAACUAAUGGUUCUUAUUAUAGUUGUUCCAGUAGUCCUGCCCCACCUUGCCAAGCCAAUUCAAACUGUGGGCAACUGAACAACAAUCUUCACCUACCACACCCAAUGAAUGUCAACAGUCAGCCUUUAACAGAUAAACAGAAAAGAUCCAGUAAGUCCCUGGAUGUCAGUCCACUUGCUAACACCAAUGGCAAUCAUGAAUCAUGCUGUGGUUUUACAGCAGACCAUACCUCAGAUGGUAAUGAAGCUGGCUUUUACUCAGAUGGUAAGGGCAUGCAAGAUAGUUGUAUGUCUGAGGAAUGUAACUCAUCACAUUUGACAUGUUGCUGCAUGUGUUCAGAUGAGAAUUGUGCAGGCAGUUUGGUGGAACAGCCUCAAGAAUCACCACAGCAACAACUGAACUCCCCUUCUCUUUCACAGCAGCAGUAUUCUUAUUCACAACAGCAACAAUACCAGUAUCCUCAACAGCAACAAUAUCCCUCUCUGCAGCAGCAACAAACUCAGGAUAAUCAGCAAUUACAACACUAUCAACAGCAGCAAGAUCAUCAAAUCCAAGAACAACAAGAGCAACUGCAUCCUCACUUGCAUCAGCAACUGCAGCAAUAUCAUCCUCACCAGCAUCACCAAUACAAUGGCAAGAACAACAACAGCAACAAUCACCACCAUCAUCACCAUCAUCAUCAUCAACAACAACAACAACCAAAAGAUGCAGGUCAGGAACAGCUGCAGCAGGUUCAACAUACUGUACAGUAUUCUGAUAUGUCGCAGCAGUCUUCUGCUACUAAUGAACAAUUGCAGCAAGUCUCUUCAAGUAAACUGUAUUCAAAUCCUAGUUUUACUGAUUCAGGACAAGACCUGAUUAAAUUGGCCCAUGAUAUUCUUCACAAUGCACCUGAAUCCUCUAAACAAGCUUCAAUUAAUAAAGGAGAAUUGAUCUCUUCACAUAAUAGAAGCCAAGAUGGACAUGUUUCAACUGUGGGGAAUGAGUCAACUGUAAAUACCAACGACAUUUCAGUUAAGUCUUCAUCAUGUUGUAUGUAUUCAAAUAAAAAGAUGCCACUUUUAUUACCACAAUCUCAUGAGAUGUCUUCUGCAGAACAAAUGUCUACAAUUGGAUCUGGAAAUUCCCAUCAGAAUUCUGUACAUAUGCCUAUGCUGAAAGCAGAAGUUUCUGAUACUAAUUCAUUGACACUGCAGAAAAAAUCAGGAUCGAAUACUUCCAUUGUUACUGGGAAUGACCCUAAUUCACAUGGUAACAUGCAGACUGAUUGUGCUAUGAUGUCCCCUCAAAGUUGCUCUGUUAAAGACAGAAAUAACAAACACACUUAUAUGCAGUUAUCUCCUGCCAACAACAACAAUCCUAUGACGGGAAAUAUGUGUAACUCAUCUUCUUAUCAAACUGGAUUUAUACGGGCAUCAAUUAGCCAUGUACAAAGAAAUAUACAAUCUUGUCAAUAUGCUCCAUUGCCUGGAAAGAAACUUUGUCAUAGAGCACCAGUUGCAGUGAAUUCUCCUAUGAAUCCUAAUGCAUCAUAUGGUAAACAAAAGAAAGAGAGAAAUCAGCGAAAGAACAAAGAUAAGACAUCUAAAGAACCAGGUACACCAAGCAUUGUGACUGAUGCUCUAAUUGCAAGUGUUUUGAAAGCUGAAACUGAACUAAUGGCUCAAAAUUCACGCAAAGCAGCUGCUGCUGCAAAUAAUGUAGCACCACAAGGGAUGGGUAAGAAAGAAAUUGCCUUGCCAUUGCCCUUAUCAUCAGCUGGAGAACUGUCGAUAUCAACAACCCUUGCCAAAUAUGUUAGUGGACAGAAAAGGCCAAACAACAACAAUUACACCAAGCCAUGUCCGAGUGUCUCCUCUUCAUGUAAUCCCUUGCAAACAUAUAAUAAUUUACCUUAUCUGAAUUCAAAUUCAAAAGCUGGCUCAGCUAAAACAGUUGUAGUCAGUUCACCAAUGUCUGUGUGUGGCUCGAUUCCAUCCACUGGUUUUCAGUCUUGUCAGAUAAACAAAAAUUCUGAAAAUUCUGUUGCCCAAGGAAAUUCUUGUAAGAAAGAUGAUAAUGGGAUUGUUUCUCCAUCUUCGAUUCAGAGUAGUUCAGAGACUCCAAUUGGUCAAACCCAAUUUGUUUUACAAGGAGUACACCAAAUUCAACCUGUUUUACAACAAAUUCAAUCAAGCACUCGUUUAAAGUCCCCACAUAGCAUUAUGAAAACACUCCCUACUAAUUCUGUCCCCAACUCCUCAGAGUCUCUAAUGAAUCAUAACCACAUUAAUAAAGCUGUGGGUAGCUUGUCUGUACAAAUGGUAAAAAAUACAAAAUCUGCAACUUCUCAAGAUAGUAAAAAUUUGCAGGGUUCUCCAAUCAGUUCUCCUUCACAGCCUGUAGUUGUAAGAUCCAGUCAUGCCAAUGCUCAGUCAUAUUUUCAGUCAGACUUUUCAAAUCCCCAUGUGUUCACUCCUUCUUCAAACUGCACAUCUAGUCCCAAUGAUAGUAAUAACGACCUUCAUUAUGCUCCUGAAGUGAACUCUUACAGCACUACGACAGCAUCUACUUGGAAUACUAUCGGUACAAGUUUCCCUUGUAGUAACACUACCACCUCUUUGAAUAGCAGUAACUUGACUAAAUAUGUGAAAUCGAGUUCAGCAAUUGUUGCUGAGCCACUGCUUCCUACUUCUUUGAAUACAGAUACUUUAAACGCUUGUAUGGGACUGGCUGGAACCAGCAACUUCAGUAUUCUUGGUAAGGGCAUAUGGCAGUCAACCUGUGUCAGGAAUAACGACAGCUUGGAUUGCUCUGCUUAUACUGACCAGCAUUCCAACCAAACACCUGCCUUGAAAAAUAAACAAACUUUUUCUUCUAUCACUACUCCUCAGCCACCUCCUCCCCCUCCUCUUCCCACUCCAUCUCCUUCCUUGCUUUCUCCUCCACCCCCCAUCAUCAAUGUUACUAAUCCUAAUACUACAAAACAUUCAGAGCCAGCAUCUAAAAAAGACAGAAAACCAUGCAAAAAGCAAGAUAAGCCAUCUGGAACACAUCCAGAAACUAAUGAACAGAAAUCUGUUAAGAAAUCUCUGGCAGGAAAUGGAUCAGUAGCUGAUGAAAAGCCAUCUGCAAAGGUUUCUAAAAGGAAAAAGUCUGAGUGUACUAAAGAAAAUUCUGAUACUAAAACGGUUUCUCAAUCGGUUUGUAGUGAUAGCUCCAGUCUUGAACAUUUGCAGGCACAGCAGAAACACCAGAAAACAGUCUCCAGUUCAAAGACUUUGUCAACAUCAAAACAGAGGGUGUCUCCACCAGAUCAAGAUUCUCACUCAAAUUCAGCCACAAGUGGUUCAGGGGAGAGCUGUGAGAUUAAUGAAAAGUGGGCUAAACCUUUUCUGAACCUUUGGCAUGAUGCCCCUACCAGCCUAAAAGCUGAGAUUCAGUUCAAUGUUGCAGUAUCAAAACUGGAGCCUCGUUGUUCAGUGUGUUCCCUGUUCACUCCUGUUGAGUUUGACAGUGAGGGAGAAUCUAUUUUGCUUAAAAAAACAGACAAAAAAACUGGAAAGUCCACUGGAUCCUUGCCAGAUCAAAGUUUGCCUGUGAUACCAGAAAUAUGUUUUGCAAUUAGCUCUGAGAAUCCACGACCAGAAGAAAAUGGAACUGUUUUUGAUGAUGAAUCCUGGAGCAAGCUUCUAAUAUGUCAGCUUUGCAAAGUUUGUGUUCAUGCAAGUUGCUAUGGCGCUAAAGAAACUGCCAUUUGGAAGUGUCAACGUUGUAAAAAGAAGGCUUUUUCUGCCGAAUGCAGUUUAUGUUGCUUGCGUGGGGGAGCUUUGAAACUCACGACUGAUGGUCGCUGGUGUCACUUAGUCUGUGCAAUUUCUCUGCCAGAUGUCUCUUUUCGGGACAUUGAUGCACGUGAACCCAUUGAUAUGUCGAAAAUGUCUCCCAAAAGGGCCAAACUGAAAUGCUGCUACUGUCAUCCUAAAGCCAAGUCAGAUGGUACUCAUGGAAGUUGUGCACAGUGUUCAUAUGGACGAUGUACAUUGUCUUUCCACAUUACUUGCGCUCAUGCUGCUGGGGUUAUCUUUGAGACCAGUGACUGGCCAUACCCAGUUUAUAUUACCUGCCACAGACACAAUUCCAACAAAGAAAAGACAAGACGUCAUAACUUGAUGUCUUUAAAGAUUUCUGAUAAAGUGAUUGCAAAGCACAAAAAUCGUAGAUACUACAAGGCUGAUGUGUCAGCUAUCAAGAACCAGAUUUUUUAUGCAGUGGACUUCAAUGAUGGUUCUUUUAGUGAUAAUCUCUUCCCUGAAGAUAUCCAAGGGCGUGAUUGUUUAACUGAAGGGCCUCCUCGUGUUGGGGAAGCUGUGCAAGUGAAAUGGCCAGAUGGAGGUAUAUAUGAUGCUGUGUUCCAGAAUCACAGCUCAGCACUGCUAUACACCGUAGAAUUUGAAGAUGGAUCUGAAUUAACUUUCAAACGAGAAGAAUUAUGGAAAGAAAAUGAAGAAUUGCCUCAAUAUGUUAAAUCUCGAUUGUCUGUUGCAACAGAACGAAAAUAUGAUAUCUUCUAUGUUGAUGGGGUUAUUUCAAAGAACCGGCGGCCGAAACCAAAGAAUCGUUCCUAUUCCAUAUAUUCUUCAUAACUUUUAACAUCAUACCCAUGUUCACUAAUUACUUUGUAACAUUUCCCAUCAGUUUAAUAUUUAAAUUUUGACUAUUUUUGCUCUAAUUUUAGUUCUUUUGCACCCCUGUUCAAACUUUCUAUUUGUUUUGUGUACAUUUCAGUAUCAGUGGGAAGUUCAACAAAUAUAUAAUAGAGAGACUCCACCUCUAAUUUCCAACACCUGGUUUUGCAUCUUCUCUCUUCCACAUGUGCAGAGAAGACUCCCCUCCCCCUUUUUUUAUCUCCUUUUCAAUUGGCUCUGUAAUAUUUAUGUUGUACAUCAUAGCCAUGUGCUCAUUGUUUAACUAGCAAUACAACUAUACAGAACUGAAGUUAAGAUGAUCACUGAUUUAUUGCUCAACCACAAGUCAAUCAUUUCUUUGGAUCAGGACUCUUAAAAGACCUUUUGUAAAUUUGUAGAAGAAAUAUCUUGAGUGAAAAGAAAAAGAAAAACUCUCUAUUACAAGAAUCCCUCCCUCUUCAUUAUAUAAAAGGCAGCAACAUCAUUACCAGUUCAUUCCACAUACAUUUCACCACUUCCCACAUCUUCUGACAUUUGAUGCUGCUUCAACCAUAUGAUGUGCAUGUGUAAAUAUAACUGUACUCUUUCUCAAGAAAUGAAGCAUUGUUAAUAAUUUUGAGAAAACUCAGUUUUUAUUACAAAUAAUAACAAAUAUGGCAUUGUUAGUGUAGCAAACCCAGGUUAAUAAAUUUUGAAGCAAAAAAGGCAAAUAUCCUUGAGGUAUAUUAGUGUGAAUUAUGUGGCAGUCUAUCCUAAAAGAGGAACCUGCUUUGAAGGAAACCGAUUUCUUCUCACAGCACACUAACAUGCCUUCUUUAUUUUUCUUUUGUGAAUUGAUUCUUGCCAACUCAGACCACUACUUCUCUCUUGGAAUUCUAGUAAUUAUAUUUAAAGUUGUAACUUUUAUUAGAAGAGGGAUACAUUUAGAAAAAUUCUAUAAACAAAAUCAAUUAAAAAGUGUGAUGAAAAUUUA